UGCAUUCGCAUUGUUUACGUUUGUAAUAAUUUUCAUUUGAAUACAUAUAUAAUAAAAAUAUUUAGAUGAAAAUUACAAAUUUUAAAUGGGUAUUUAACAUUAUAGCUACAAUUUAAUUAAUUUUGAAUAGCCUGAGAGAACAAGCACCGCAAUCAUGUCAAAACUCCCUAAGACAGCUCUUAGUCUAAAACAGUUCAUGUUACGCCAAGAAGUUUUGAAACUUUAUCGUGAAAUUUUCCGUACGUUACGUUUGGUACAAGACGAAUCUACUCGUAAGGAACUCAAGGAUUGGGCCAGGACUGACUUCAGGAACAACAAGCACCAUCAGGACGAGACCACGAUCAAGGCUAUGCUGCACUAUGGGAAGAAAUCCUUAAAAGAUUUACAGAAUUCACUUGCCUUGAGUAAAAGCUGACAUUUUUGAGUUAUUUAUUUUUUGUACAUAAUAUUAAGAAAUGUAGCUUUUGCCUGAAGCUUUGAUCAGCUGGGAAUUUGUUGUGUAGGUGUAGAUGUGCCAAGUUUUAUGAAAAUUAAUAACAUAAGUAGUUUUUGAGUUUAUUUAUUGAAUAAAAAUUCCUACACUUUUCAAAUCCAUAAGGAUUUGUUCUGUUAUUUAGUAGGUUUACAUUAUGAGCCUUGCUAAAAUAUGUUAUUUUCAUGAGUUCAAAUUAUUUUACGGAUAUUAUUGUAGGACAGUAAUUUAUACAGAUUGUAAUUAAAUUAUUAUGUUCAAUAUUUACAGUGAAGUGAUAGAUUAAAACA